GAUAAUGAUAAUGAUCAUGCCAAUAACAAUAAUAAAAUAAUUACAAUGAUAACGAUAAUGAUAAUGAAAAUGAUGCCAAUACUAAUGAAGAGCGAUUAUCAUAAGACGAACCAGAAUAAAGCGGAGAGCCCCCCCCCUCCCCCGCCCCUCCUCGCUCGCCACAACAAACGUGAGGAGAAAAGAGGAACAGGAGAGAGGAGGAAGAUAAGUGAAAGUAGAGAGAGAGAAAAAGUUUUAGCGAAGAAAGAAGGAAACAAGGAGACGCAGCAUAGGAAGAAGGGGCGAGCUCAAAGACAGUCAUAUGGUGUUAUUUCUUCUCCUGUUUCUCCUCUUUAUCUCAGGAAUUGGUUGUGGUUUCGGGCUUACCGCUGAGGAGGCUUUUUGGGCUCCAUAUAUUAUCCAGAAGCUCCAAGUGGUGUAUCAAAACCAAAAAUGGAUUCAGAUAAAGAGCUUGGUUUGUGGGUGGCGGCCUCAUUCAUGGGGAUGAAUCGCAGGCAGCGCAUUGUCAUGGCCAUAAUUGUGAGCGGUUCCCUUGUCUACAUCAUCCUCACGCAGGCCUUGCUGGUGUUUGGUAGUGCCCCAGGGGAACCCACACAGCCUGAGGUCAGAAAGCUGUGUUCAGUUGACCUGAAGAGAGAAGACAGUACCAAGGCAAGUAACAACAGUGCUCCUAUCAUCUAUGUGGUCACUCCAACAUACCGUCGUCCAGAGAUGGUGGCUGAACUGACGAGACUUGGUCAGACACUGACUUUAGUGAAGCGCAUCCACUGGAUUGUGGCUGAGGACAGCCUCACAUGCACUGCCCCCAUCACAGGGCUGCUUCAGAGGCUUGGUCUCUCUUAUACACACCUGGCAAGUCCCAUGCCAGAAGUAUAUCGGAAGGAGAGGUAUGUCCCGAGGGGCGUCUCUAACCGCAGGGCUGCGCUGGAGUGGGUUCAAGAACAUGGCUCUGACAGAGGAGUCCUGUUCUUCUUAGAUGAUGACAACGCAAUAGAUGUCCGGCUCUUUGAGGAGAUGAGGCCAACAGAAACCGUUUCCAUGUGGCCAGUGGGGCUUAUAGGAGAUUACACAGUGAGCUCACCCAUUGUUAAGGACGGUAAGGUAAUUGCCUUCUAUGAUGGCUGGCCAGCAGGGAGAAAGUUCCAAGUAGACAUGGCAGGAUUUGCUGUAAAUGUUGGCUUUUUGAAGAAACAGAAAAAAGUGACAAUGCCUUACAUAGCUGGGCACGAAGAAGAUGGCUUCUUGAAGUCACUCAGUUUAAACAUCAAAGAUAUUGAAGUGAAGGCUGAUGGCUGCACAAAAAUAUAUGUCUGGCACACGCGCACCGCCAAAAACCCAUCAAGAGCACUGAAGUUGGAGAAGCAUCAGAACGACAAUAUUAAAGUACUUACAGACAAUAUGCGAGAAAUGGGGAUGAUAAAAUAAUUUACUGAGAUUUUUAUCUACUUAUUUACUUUUUACUGGUUAAGUCAAGAGUGGUCUCAACUUGUUGAUUAGGUCACAGUUAUAUGUGUAUGUUUAAGUUUUACCAAGAAUAAUUUUGGAAUGUGAUAUUACAAAUGUUCUUUUUUUUGGUUGCUACUUUGAAUUAAUUCCCUGGAAUGAAAAACUCCUCUAGUCCCUGCAACCAAACAUAAUUGUUGAGAAGGAAUAUGUUAUUGAUUAAAAACAUUGUUCUUAUGUUUUCCUUAUAUACUACUAUGAGGUAAUUGACUUAUACUAUUAUGCGUACUGUAUUAUGAAGAGGAAAAUAUCCUGAUGAUAUGAUAUUUCAUAUAUUCAGAGAUUCAGAAAAGAAAGGAAUUUUAUACUAGAUUAUGAGUAAUAGUUUUUUGCAUUUAUGACAUGCAAGUUUUGACUUGAAAUAUAAGGCAUACAAGAUAUUUUCAUAUGAUAUAAGUUACAUAUAAACAUGCUUUAACAUAUGUACUUACACACUCAAAAGGGCUACAUGUCACCAUGAAAGCUCGUAAGUGUUGAGGGUGAUCUUUUCAUUGGCAACAUACACCUUCCUUUUGAAGCUGCAGAGUGCAUGUGUCUGUAAUAGUUGUGAUAGCUUUACCACUUGUUCUUUUUUCCUUUUCUCUUUUCCUUGCCUUUCUUUCUGUUAUGAUUAUCCAUGGAAGGAUUGAUUAGACUCACUUUAAU